GAGCUUCAGUUGAGGAUGGCAGGAGAUUCACGAAUCCUCAUGGACCACAACAUGGAGAUAGGAGUCACACCUGCACAGGUGAAGAAGCUUCCUAAACACUUGCGGGAGGCUCAGAUCUCGACUGAGCGAACCCACCUGAUUUCCGACCCGGCCAAGAAGCCACGUCAACGAUACGUGCAGAAGGACGGCAAGUGCAACGUUCAUCAUGGAAACGUGCAAGAGACCUACCGAUACCUCAGUGACUUGUUCACUACGCUGGUGGACCUACGCUGGCGUCUUAGUCUCUUUAUUUUCACCUUGGUCUAUGUAGUAAACUGGCUUUUCUUUGGCUUUCUGUGGUGGCUGAUAGCGCUCAUCCGUGGGGAUCUGGUGCAUGCUGAUGAGGAGGGCUGGACCCCCUGUGUGGAGAACCUCAACAGUUUUGUCUCAGCCUUCCUCUUCUCCAUUGAAACAGAGACCACCAUUGGGUACGGUUAUCGUGUAAUCACAGAGAAAUGCCCUGAGGGUAUCAUUCUGCUUUUGGUGCAGGCCAUCUUGGGUUCCAUUGUUAACGCCAUGAUGGUGGGCUGCAUGUUUGUCAAGAUCUCACAGCCAAAGAACCGCGCCGAGACCCUCAUGUUCUCGCACAAAGCUGUCAUAUCGGUGCGAGACAACAAGAUGUGCCUGAUGUUUCGGGUGGGAGACCUGAGGAACUCUCACAUCGUGGAGGCGUCGAUCCGAGCAAAGCUGAUCCGCUCGCAGCAGACCAAGGAGGGGGAGUUCAUCCCGCUCAACCAGACUGACAUCAACAUCGGCUUUGACACGGGAGACGACCGUCUUUUCCUGGUGUCGCCCCUGAUCAUCUCUCACGAGAUCAACGAGAAGAGCCCCUUCUGGGAGAUGACGCUGACGCAAAUGGAGAAGGAGGAGUUCGAGAUUGUGGUCAUCCUUGAAGGCAUGGUCGAGGCCACAGGGAUGACGUGUCAGGCCCGAAGUUCCUACCUGGACACGGAGGUGCUUUGGGGCUACCGCUUCACACCGGUUCUCUCCCUGGAAAAGGGCUUCUACGAGGUCGACUACAACAACUUCCACGAAGUCUAUGAGACCAACACCCCCACCUGCAGCGCCAAGGAGCUAGCUGCUAAGCUGCGGGAUGCGCCACUAUUGCCUCAGCUUUCACUCCUCAGCCCUGACCCCAAAUCCCAUAGUACUUUUGACGCCCUAAACCGCCUGUCCGAACGGGACCCACUCAGCCCAGAUGAGGACAAGGAGGAGAGAGAUUCAGGGGGUGACAGAGGAGAGACCAAUGGUUCAGCUGCUGCUCUGGAGGAUCCGCCCCUUGCUGAUGGACUGCCUGACUGA